CAUUCCAUAUUUCAACAUCUACGUUCAGUUUUAACUUUUCCAUUGAUGUAACUCGGACUUGUAUCGUGAAAAGAAAAAAAACAAGACUCACUUUCGAGUCUAAACUGAAAGACUCUAAACUGAGCUCGAGGUCCCGCGCGCUCGCCGGAAGUGCCGUGACGGCUCCGUAUGGAGGUCGGCUGCCUGGUGCACGGUGGAUUACUCUGGCAGAGCUUAACGGUGUCGAGGCGUGUGGCGUUUGGUUUCAUCUGAGACAUGUUUCAGCUUCACUGGUGCAGGGCCAAUGUUACCGCACCCGCCCGCUCGCUCACGCUUCAGCUCCGGUGCCACAGAAAGGCUGCAGAUGUGUGGAGGCUCUCACGGUGGCACGCCACUCCACAGACACAUGGCAGCAGCUCCAGACAUCAGUGCAAUGCCGUCAAACGACUCUGGGGUUUUUCUCAGAAAGCCGUCCGCCAGUCCUCCACGAGAACGUCCAAACCCUCGGGCGUGUCUGUGGGCCUGGUCCUGACGCCGGGGCUGCUCACGAUCUCGGCGAAGCUGCUUUGCAGGCGAGCACACUGCGAGCUGGACCUGAAUAACAACAACCUGCUGGAAAGUAAAAAGCCCUUGCCGGAGUUCAAAUGGCACAUCCUGUGGGAGUUUGUCAAACCUCAGCUGCUGGCUCUGCUGUGUGCCGUGGCGCUGGCGUUUGGCGCGGCCAUCUUGAAUAUUCAGAUCCCACUGAUGCUGGGGGAGCUGGUGAACGUGGUGGCCCGCCACCUGCGGGAACACGCCGAGGAUUUCCUCCGGGAGAUCAGGGGUCCGGCUCUGAAGUUGCUGGGGUUGUACGGCGUCCAAGGCCUGCUGACGAGUGGCUACAUUAUCUUACUCUCCCGGGUGGGCGAGCGAGUGGCCGCAGACAUGAGGAAGACCCUUUUUGCGUCUUUACUGAGGCAGGACGUGGCCUUCUUUGACGCCAACAAAACCGGGCAGCUGGUGAACCGACUGACCGCUGACAUUCAGGAGUUUAAGUCGUCCUUCAAGCUGGUCAUUUCUCAGGGGCUCCGCAGCAUCACGCAGACGCUCGGCUGUUUUGUCUCCCUCUACGUCAUCUCUCCCAAACUCACGGGUCUGACGGUCGUCGUGCUUCCGUGCCUCGUCGGAGCCGGCGCCGUCAUCGGCUCCUUCCUUCGCAAGCUUUCACGGCAGGCUCAAGAACAGGUCGCCAAGGCGACAGGAGUGGCAGACGAAGCGCUGGGGAAUGUUCGCACAGUGAAAGCCUUCGCCAUGGAGGAGCGGGAGUUGCAGUUGUAUGCCUAUGAGGUUGACAAGUCAUGUGACAUGAACGAAAGACUGGGCGCUGGGAUCGCAGUCUUUCAAGGCCUGUCCAACAUCGCCUUGAACUGUAUUGUCCUCGGAACCAUUUUUGCUGGUGGGACUUUAAUUUCCAGCAACGAAAUGUCCCCGGGCGACCUCAUGUCCUUCCUGGUUGCCUCCCAGACGGUGCAGAGGUCUUUAGCAAGUAUCUCCAUCCUGUUUGGGCAGAUGGUCCGAGGCCUGAGCGCUGGUGCGCGGGUGUUUGAAUACCUCUCAGUGAAGCCUUUGAUCCCUCUCUCCGGCGGUGGACGCAUCCCCUAUCAUUCUCUGGUCGGGAGGGUGGACUUCACCAACAUCUCAUUCAGCUACCCAACAAGGCCAGGUCACCAGAUCCUGAACAACUUCACGCUAACUCUCCCACCCUGCAAGACUGUGGCCAUUGUCGGGGAAUCAGGAGGAGGCAAGUCUACAGUUGCGGCCCUGCUGGAGCGUUUCUAUGACCCCGGCAGUGGCGUCAUCAUGCUGGAUGGGCUGGACAUCCGGACGCUUGACCUCUCGUGGCUCAGAGGAGACGUGAUUGGAUUCAUUAAUCAGGAGCCGGUCUUGUUCGGCUCGUCCGUCAUGGAGAACAUUCGAUUCGGCCGACCGGGGGCCUGCGACGCCGAGGUCAUCGAUGCAGCUAAGCAGGCCAACGCUCACGGCUUCAUUUCCAGUUUCCCCGAGGGCUACAACACGGUGGUUGGUGAGCGGGGAGUGACCUUGUCAGGGGGGCAGAAGCAGCGCAUUGCCAUCGCUCGAGCCCUGAUCAAGAACCCUGCCGUCCUGGUGCUGGACGAGGCCACCAGCGCUCUGGAUGCCGAGUCAGAGCGCGUGGUCCAGGAGGCGCUGGACAGAGCCACCAGGGGGCGCACUGUGCUCGUCAUCGCCCACCGGCUGAGCACCAUCCGAGGUGCUGACCUCAUCUGUGUGCUGAGCAAUGGACGUGUGGUGGAGGCGGGGACUCACAGCGAGCUGCUCAGCAGAGGAGGAAUUUAUUCGGAGCUGAUCCGCCGACAGCAAGCCGAGGAGAGGAAGUGACCGCCGGCGCUCGUGUUCUAGCUCAGAAAUGAGAGAGAGUCUAUUUUCAUUUUAACUGUGUCAGCAGUGGACCAACCGGAUCGUCCUGCGAUGACAGACUAUUUAUGAAUUGUUUACACUGUACAGUAAUAAAUUAUGUGGAAACAAAGUCAACCGAC